AUGCAACAGAGAAGAGCUGACGCGACAACCCCAGAGAGGCAUGAGCGUCAAGACUCAAACCGAAGAUCCACAGAAGCAGCUAGAGCGGAAGAAAAUACCCCCCUCCGAGAUGCACGGCGCGAAGCGGAUCGCAAUGCGACACGAGGAGCUAGAGCCGAGGAAAUUACUCCUGCUCGUGAGGCGCGGCGAGACCUUGACCGUCUAUCCACCCAACGAUCAAGGGAUGCACAAGACACACCGACUCGGAAUGCCCGGCAACGAUCCGACGGCAAGGCUCGAACGGCUUCUCGGCAGCUCUUCCCCCCACUACCCGAAUCCUCGCCUUCGUAUCGCGAUCUCGGCAUGGUCCAUAUUGAGUGUUCGCACUGCAAAGCUCUGCAUUUCGUCCAAGAACGCAUCGUGAGCAGCUCUGCCGCAAGGCCCAUGUUUUCCACAUGCUGUGGGAAGGGGAAGCUGUCACUGCCCCUUCUCACCGACCCGCCAGCUCUUCUGCGCUCUCUUCUCAUCGAUGAUACUCCAAGGGCCCGCCGCUUCCGUAAAAACAUUCGAGCAUACAAUUCAGCGCUGUCUAUGGCAUCCGUGGUCGCCAAAUGGGUGAACAGAGGGCCCGGUACUUUCAAUUUUAACCCCACAAUGACGAUGCAGGGCGAGAUGUACCAUUACAUGGGUCCCAUGAUGCUAUCUGAGGGGCGGGCGCCUUCCUUUGCUUCCGUUUACAUUCACGACACUGACUACGGUACUCAAACGCGCACAAGGCUUGGAGGAGCCUCUACACGGCUGGAAGACACACUGUUAAUGCAACUGACGCACAUGCUGCACGAAUGCAACCCCUACGUGCAGACUGUUCUCAGUAUGCGAGAAUGGGCUCAAUCCCCUCAACCCAACACUCCAGCCUCGCGAGGGACUCUGAACAGUAACGGGAACGAAGUGCUGGAUCCGAUUUCAGUCAGUCAUCGUGCAUACGAUCCGUUGAGUUACGUGCUUUUGUUCCCGAACGGUAGAGAUAGAUGGUAUCCAGAGCUUCGAUUCUCCAGUGAUGACGACGGCAGACGUACCAAGAUUACUCCGAUUAUGUACUACGGAUGGCAUUUGUUCGAAAGAGCAGGCGAGUUCAGCACAAUCUUGCACGCAGCGCGACUCUUUCAGCAAUAUUUGGUUGACCAAUUCUGCAAAGUGGAGGCAGAAAGGCUUUCGUAUCUCCGCCACAACCAGACACAGCUUCGAGCCGCCGACUACACCUCACUGCGCGACAGCCUAGGAGACUCCAGUCGUGCUGAAGAUGAAGCCGAUGCCGUGCGUGCGGGACGACUGUUCAUUCUCCCUUCCACGUACAUUGGAGGUGACCGCUACAUGAGGCAGCAGAUGCACGACAUCAUUGCUAUAUCGAACCAACUUGGCCACCCGGACAUCUUCCUCACUAUGACAUGCAAUCGAAGCUGGCUGGAGAUCACAAGACCCCUACUGCCGAACCAAACGCCUCAGGACAGACCGGACCUGUGCGCACGUGUGUUUCGUCUGAAAAUGAAAGAUCUCAUGUCCUUGGUCAUCAACGAGGAAGUAUUCGGAACCGUCGUUGCCCAUGUACGAGUCAUCGAAUUUCAGAAACGCGGUCUUCCCCACGCUCACGUUGUAUUUUUCCUAGAUGAAGUCUCCAAGAAUGAUCUGCGUACUCCCGAAAACGUCGACCGCAUUAUCUCUGCCGAGAUCCCGUCUGCCCAAGAUCCAGAACUCCAAGAGGUCGUGCUCAAGCAUAUGAUUCACAAUCCAUGUGGAGAACGCAAUCCAACAGCCGUGUGCAUGGGCGAGCAGUGCUGCAGGAAAGGGUUUCCAAAAUCGUUCAAACACGAAACCAGCCAGUCCGACAGUGGCGCCUCCAUCGAGCGACCCUCCCGUGUUGGCCGACGACAGCAAUCCGUCGUGGUCGACAACUCCUGGGUCGUUCCCCACAGUCCUCUGCUUCUACGAUCAUUCGCUUGCCAUUUGAAUGUGGAACUCUGCGUGUCACGCGUUGGCGGAAUCAAGUACCUCUUCAAGUAUGUUUGCAAGGGACAAGACCGAGCCGCAUGGAGGUUAUUCUCCUUUGACAUUGUAGAUCGCAAUCCUCCAGUGGUCAGACUUACGGUGCAUCUGCCCAACCACCAUACAGUAUACUUUGAGGAAGGGCGAGAGCAGGAGGCGGCGCUUCGACCAGCAUCAGGUACGAAGCUGACCGAGUGGUUUAAAGCCAACGAGAAGUACCCAAGCGCGAGGCAUCUUCGGUACCACAAGUUUCCAAGGUACUUUACGUGGAAGACACGCACCAAGUCAUGGAUGCCAGGGACAACAUCCUUCGAGAACUUGCCAAAUAUCGACGGCGAGCAGUGCACCAGCUUCCGACAAGCUUGCUUACGACUCGGUUUGCUGGCCGACGAUGCCGAGUGGAAGCACGCAAUCCGAGAUUCAUUCCGGUCAAGCUUCGUUCCUCUUUCUCAUCUGUUUGCUACGAUUCUGGCACACUGCCAGCCUUCGGACCCUCUCUCGCUGUGGAACGACCACCUGGACAUGUUUCUCACCGAUAUUCGCAAUCGUGCACGCAGACAACCCAUUCGAAGACAGCAGCUUCGCGAUGAUCACCACGCCACAUCUUACCAGUGGGAAGGGCGACUACAGACGUCGUUGCCGCUGUUGAACACAAAUCAACGUCAUGCCUUUGACGAAAUAGUGGGCUCCUUGCUUCUAGGCGUAUCCGUCUCUGCAUUGCUUCAAGGAUCCUUAAGCGCCGUUGCGGGACCUUCUAUGCCGACACGAAGUGGUCGUCUCUUCUUCCUCGAUGCUCCUGGCGGAACAGGCAAAACAUUCGUGCUCAGCGCCAUUCAAGACUUCCUUCGUACGCGCCGUAAGCAGGUCAUCGCUGUCGCUACGUCUGCUGUUGCUGCUGUGCUGAUCGACGGUGGACGCACCGCUCAUUCCGUGUUCAAGAUUCCCAUUCCUGUAUCUGCCGAAAGCACGUGCAGCUUCUCCGCAAACUCCGACACAGGCCGUACACUGCAACAAGCCGAUCUCAUCAUAUGGGACGAGAUCGUCAUGUGCCAUCGACAUUGCAUUGAGACUGUCGAUUGCUCCCUUCGAGACUUGAUGCAAACCGACCGGCCUUUCGGAGGAAAGUUCCUCGUACUCGCUGGAGACUUUAGACAAAUCCUUCCCGUCGUUCCGGGCGGGUCCAGAGCGGACCCUGCAGCAGAUGUGGAGGCUCUCAACUUUCCAGAAUUCCUCCUCAGCGUCGGGGAAGGCAGACUUCAAGGCGAACAGCGCCCGGAAUGGAUCUCACUACCACAGUCCGUUGCGUUCGAGCACACCAUCCGCAAUUUAUGCCUCAAGGUCUUCCAAGGCAUUCGAGACAUUCACGCCGACCCUGCCUGGCUCACCAAGCGCGUUAUACUCACCACAAAGAACAGGCCGCUCGAGGAAGUCAACGAGGUCAUCGGCAACAUGAUUCCGGGAUCGUAUCGAACGUAUUUGAGCGCAGACAAGGUCGAGAACGAAGACACCAACGCGCUGAUCUAUCCCACAGAAAUGCUCAACACCUUGACCGCCGGAUCUGCUCUACCAGACCACAAGCUCAAGCUCAAGAAAGGCUUCAUCGUCAUGCUUCUGCGCAAUCUCGAUCCCGCUACCGGUCACGUCAACGGCGCGCGAUAUGUCAUCGAGAACAUGACCAACAACCUGCUCUUUCUACACGUUACCACCGGGUCACACCAAGGCAACAGACUGUGUCUUCCUCGAAUGCCCUGCGGACCAGGAGACGACAACUUUCCCAUCCCUGGCUUCACCCGAACGCAGUUCCCCAUUCGCACGUGCUUCGCCCUUACAACGAACAAAGCGCAAGGCCAAUCCUUCGGUGGCCGCAUUGGUCUCGACUCACGAGAUCACUGCUUCUCGCACGGUCAACUCUAUGUCGCACUAUCAAGGACUACUCACCCAGGCAACGUCACUGUCCUCACUCGAGAGUCCAAUGAAACCACGCGAAACGUAGUGUACCCCGAGGUCCUUCAGUAG